GACCUUCAGUUUACAAGACUGACGCUCUACCACUGAGCUAUAAGGGCUAGCUGUGGAUGGUGUCCUAAUUUUUGUCAUUAUUUCUUUUUUUCUGCCGGAUGGACGCACUGUUCAAGUAAUUGAGAGAGAGUUGAACGAACCUGACAGAAUUGUUGGUGAACUUCUACAGCCAGGGGGUUACUUGAAGUUAAUUGAGUUGGGUCUUGAAGAUUGUGUACUAAAUGAGAUUGAUGCUCAGAGGGGUAUUUGGUUAUGCUCUCUACGAAGAUGGAGAACAUACCAAGCUUUCUUAUACCUUGGAGAAGUUUCACUCUGAUGUAGCAGGAAGAAGUUUCCAUAAUGGACGUUUCAUCUAAAGGAUGAGGCAGAAAGCUUCAUCUCUUCCCAAUGUAAGACUUGAACAAGGAACUGUGAUAUCUCUACUUGAAGAAAAGGGGAUUAUAGAGGGAGUGCAAUACAGAAUUAAGAGUGGUAAAGAGCUCACAGCUUGUGCUCCUCUCACAAUAGUAUGUGAUGGUUGUUUUUCAAAUCUGCGGUGACAUCUCUGUAACCCUAAGGUAGAAAUUCCAUCUUGCUUUGUUGGUUUGGUUCUUGAGAACUGUGAAAUUCCUUUUGCAAACCAUGGGCAUGUUAUAUUGGCAGAUUCUUCACCUAUCUUGUUCUACCAAAUCAGCAGCCACAAGAUUCGUUGGUUGGUUGAUGUACCUGGCCAAAAAGUACCUUCUGUUUCCAGCGGUGAAAUGGCCAAUUAGUUGAAAACUGUGGUGUCUCCUCAGAUCCCCCCUGAGCUACAUGCUACAUUCAUUGCUGCAAUUGAUAAAGGGAAUAUAAGAACCAUGCCAAAUAGGAGCAUGCCUGCAGCACCUCACCCCCCUCCUGGUGCACUUUUGAUGGGUGAUGCAUUCAAUAUGCGGCAUCCUCUAACUGGAGGUGGAAUGACUGUUGCACUCUGACAUUGUUGUGCUAAGGGAUCUCCUAAGACCUCUGCACAAUCUAAAUGAUGCAUCUGUUCUUUGCAAAUAUCUUGAAUCUUUUUAUACACAGUGCAAGCCAGUGGCAUCUAUAAUAAAUAUUUUGGCUGGUGCCUUAUACAAGGCGUUCAGUGCAUCGCUUGAUCCUGCAAUGAAGGAAAUGGGACAGGAAUGUUUUGACUAUUUAAGCCUUGGAAGCAUAUUCCAAAUGGACCAGUGGCUCUACUCUCCGGUCUAAACCCCCGUCCCUUGAGUUUGGUGCUUCAUUUCUUCGCUGUUGCAAUUUAUGGUGUUGGGCGUUAGUUGAUUCCAUUUCCUUCACCUAAAAGUGUUUGGAUAGGGGCUAGAUUGAUUUCAUGAUUUCUCAGGAUGCAUCAGGCAUCGUUUUCCUCAUCAUAAAGGCAGAAGGAGUAAGGCAGAUGUUCUUCCCUGUAACUAUGCCAGCAUACUACCGAGCUCCUCCUGUUAACUGAGAACAUGAAGGAGAUGCUUCAAAGCAGUAAUAGAACGAGCUGCACACUUUUCGCUACUGAGACACACUAUUUUGUGUCAAUUCCCCCACACCCCACCAAAGCUUGCCAAGCUGGGGGGUUCUCUGCAACAAUUUUUCAUUAUUUUUCAGUCAAUGGGAGAUAGGAAUUGCAGAAUCUGGGAAAAAGAUUUCCUCUGAAUUUGUAUUAAGCAUUUUUAUAGAGUUGAAGUGUUAUUAGUAAAAAAUCUUGAUUCGC